AUGCAUAUUAUAUUAAAGGAUAUGAUCGUAAAAAAAUGUGGUGUUGAAGUAUGGAAUAUAAUGAUGGAAGAUUUUCAUGUACCAAAAAAUUUUUUUCAAUAUGAUAUUUCAUUUAAAGAUGAUAUUACAAUAAAAUUUUUAAAUUAUAUUUCAAAUAAAAUUGGUUUAACAUUAGAUGAGGUAAUGGAAGGAUUUGGUGAAUUUUUUGGUGAAUAUGUUACUAAUAAUGGAUGGGAUAUUAUUUUAGCAUCUGUUGGUGAUGAUUUGUGUAAUUUUUUAAAUACCAUGUCUUCAUUACAUACAUUUAUAGGAAAUUUAACAUUUAAAAGCAAAUUAAAAGGUCCAUCAAUAUAUUGUGAGGUAAAAAAUGAAAAAACAUUAAAAUUACAUUAUUUUUCACAAAGACAAGGUUUUAAAAUGAUGGUUAUAGGAAUAGUUAGAUCAUUUGCCAAAUUAAUUUUUAAUCUUGAUGUUGAAAUCAAACUUGAGGAAGAGUAUUGUGAAAAAAUAAGUAAUUAUGAAAAAUUACAUCAUGCUAUUUAUGAAAUAAUAAAUAUUGAUAGUACAAAAUCUUUAAUUUCUUUCAACAUACAACCACCAAUACUUUCUAGCAAAAAAAAUUUUCCAGUUACAUUAAAUGAUUUUAUUAAUAUUUUUCCAACUCAUAUAUGUUUUAAUAAAUUUUUAGAAAUUGAACAUGCUGGAAGUUUUAUAUUAAAAUAUUUGAAUAUUAAAUAUCAUACCAAUAUUAAUGAUAUCUUAAAAUUAGUUAAACCAAAAGGAAAAAUUUUAACAUUUGACUGGAUAUUAUCACAGAUUAAUACAACAUUUAUUGUUUAUUUAAAAACAAAUUUUACUAGAAAUACAAAUUCAUCUAGUGGACCAAUUAAACCAAUUUAUUUACAAGGACAAAUGAUAUUAUUAGAUGAUGGUAAUCAUAUUCUAUUUGUUAAUUCUAUUGAUACAAAUACUGUAAAAGAUUUAAUGUCAUCUCAAUUAUAUUUAAUUGAUAUACCAGUAUAUGAUACAAAAAGAGAUGUUAUUUUAGUAAAUACAUCAAGAUCAUGUGAAAAUACAUUACAUAAAAAAUUAGCAAAACAAAUUGAUAAAUUACAAAAACUUAAAAAUGAAUUAGAAAUUUAUAGAGAUAAAAUAAAUCAUAUCCUUUUUUAUGAUAUACCACCAGAAAUAGUAAGCGCAAUAAAAAAUGAUUGUCUUUUUAAAGAAGAAGUAUUUGAAGAUGUAACAUGUUUAAUGAGUGUUAUUGAAAAUUUCAAUAUUAUUGUAGAUAUUUGUACCCCUGUAGAAUUAAUUGAUUUAAUGAGAAAAUAUAAUGAAAUUUAUGAAGAAAUGGUUAAAAAAUUUAGCUGUUAUAAAGUUGUUACAUCAUCAGAUAAUACAAUUGUAACAUGUGGUAUGCCAAUACCAAAUAAAUUACAUGCUGAAAAUGUUUUAAAUUUAUCAUUAUGUUUAAUGUGGAAAGCUAAAGAAAUAAGAAUUAGUAAAAUUAAUCUUCCUAUUAUUUUACGUAUUGCUAUUCAUACUGGAUUAGUUAUUGGUGGAUUACUGGGAACUAAAAGACGACGUUUUUGUGUUUUAGGAGAAACAAUUAAUGAAAUGAAACGAUUAUUAGGAUUAUCAAAAAGAGGAAAAAUUGUUGUAAGUGGUUCAACAAAAUUAAGUUUAUUAUCAGGUAAUGAAAAUUCUUUUGAUAUGGAAGAAAGUACAGUAAUACCAAUUAAUAAAAAGCAUAGUAUUUGUACAUAUUAUUUAAAAAAAAAUAAUAAUAAAACUUUAUGGAAUAUAUUAGGUAUUAAUGUUGGAACAGUAUAUGAUGAUGGAUAUGGAAUGUUAAAUACAGAUGAUGAUUUAAAAAAUUGGAGAAAAUUUAUUAAAAUACAAAAUAAACAAAAAAGAAUAAUUAAUAUGAUGAAAAAAGAAGAAAAACCAUCAUUUAAGAUUGCUGUUGAAAAAAUUAUACUUUUAAAAAAUUUUAGUAAUAAAGAAAAAGUAAUUGAAAGUAUAGAUUCUGGUUUAUUAAUAGAUUCAAUUAUAAAUGAAUCUUCUACUUGUUCCAUUUCAUAA